GUAAUAUACAUAAAAUCAGCCCUAUUCUUUUACAGAAGGACAUAUUAGCUGAAUACAUCUGUACAGUAAACAGUGAGAGAGCACUGUAAUCUCACUGAGGGCAUGUUUGUGGCGGGAAAAACUAAUGACGGCAUCCUGGCUAUUGUUACAUUAAUAUUUCAGUGUUUGAGUUUAAACUAAUUAUUAAGAAUUGAGAUAAGCUUCUUAAGACUUCAUACAGCGAAACACUGUAAUAACUCAGGCAGGAAAGGUGUCGUUAAUAUUAAUAUAAUUGUAUCGUCCCUUACAUUGGCUGAAUGUUGUUAGUUAACUAAUUUAAAGGUAAAUUAAUCUUUAGUGUUAGCCAUACCAAGCUAACACUGAGCAACUAAAGGAGAAAAGAUGGCAGCCGGGAAGAUGUGCAUCAGGAACAGCAAGGAGGAGACUGCUGAGUGGACAGGAUUAUUCCUGAAUGACUUGAAAACCGAGCAAAAGUCCCUGGUCUUCGUCAAGAGGAUGGUGGCUGUGGCAAUCUCCUCCAUCACCUACCUCAGAGGGAUUUUUCCAGAGGAUGCCUACAGAUCCAGAUAUCUGGAAGAUUUGUGCAUCAAAGUUUUGCGAGAAGACUGCAACAACUCUGGUGCCAGUAAAGUUGUGAAAUGGAUGAUGGGCUGCUUUGAUGCAUUAGAGAAGCAGUAUCUGGAGAUUGUGUUCAUCGGGGUGUACACCAAUCCAGAUGAACCUAAUUGCAUUAUUGAGUCAUACCAGUUCAAUUUCAAAUACACUGAGAAGGGGCCAAAGAUGGACAUAAUCAGGAACAACGAUGUGGAGAUGCAGGUGACAUUGGAGGACACAAAGAGAGCGUCUGUGCUGCUCAUCAGGAAGCUCUUCCUGCUCAUGCAGAACCUGGAUGCCCUCCCCAACAACGUCUACCUCAACAUGAAGCUCUACUAUUAUGAUGACAUCACCCCUGCUGACUACCAACCACCAGGCUUCAAAGAGGGCGAAUGUGACAGCCUCUGGUUUGAAGGCAUGGCUGUGCACUUCACGGUGGGUAAGGUGCAUUCUGGCUUCCACACCUUAAGAGUGCGUGUGUCAGCAGAACAAAGCCGGCUGGAGAAGCUUCAAGAAGGCAACCACCUGAGGGAGACCAGGCAGGUUUCUCAGGGAAAUCCUCCAGAGAGAGAAAUGAUCAAGGAACCUUGUAAGAAAAUGCAUGACCAAGAGGAUCUACCUUCUGAAGACGGUAUGUCUAUGUGCUGCUACUGUGAACAGAAAUGUAACACUCAUCAAAGGGUUUACACUGUUGACUCUCUUUCAAACAGAGUCUGCACAGUUCAAGAAACCCACACGACCUUUGGCAAAGAGAAAUGCAGCCACCAAAAAUCUGGCGAGGAAGAGGAGAAGAAGAAUUUAACCACAACAUUACACAAAAGCUCUGUCAGCAACGUAAACACAAACAGACUAUUUGUGCAUUUUAUUGCAAUGUUACACACUGUUUAA